AGCCGGAAGCGGCGGCUGUCGGAGGAACCCGGUGAGCGAUCUGGUGCUGGCCGGCCGGGGGAUGGCUCCGGACGCGGUGCCGGAGCUGCGCGGCGGGUGGCCGUCGCGGUGGCUGCGGGCGCUGCUGCUGCUGCAGCUGCUGCGGUGGAGGUACGCCCUGGGCGCGCUCCCUUUCGGCAGCAGUCGGCACCCGGGCUUUGCGGACCUCCUGUCGGAGCAGCAGCUGCUGGAGGUGCAGGACUUGACCCUGUCUCUGCUGCAGGGCGGAGGUCUGGGGCCGCUGACGCUGCUACCCCCCGACCUGCCGGAUCUGGAGCCCGAGUGCCGGGAGAUGCUGAUGGACUUCGCCAAUAGCAGCUCCGAGCUGACCGGGUGUCUGGUGCGCAGCGCUCGGCCCGUGCGCCUCUGCCAGACCUGCUACCCGCUCUUCCAACAGGUCGCCAGCAAGAUGGACAACAUCAGCCGAACCUUUGGGAAUUCCUCAGAGAGCCCGAGCUGUGCCAGGAGUCUCCUGAUGGCGGACAGAAUGCAGAUAGUUGUGAUGGUCUCUGAGUUUUUCAACUCCACGUGGCAGGAGGCGAACUGUGCAAAUUGCUUAACCAACAGCGGCGAAGACUUGUCAAAUAACACAGAGUAUUUCCUCAGUCUGUUUAACAAGACUUUGGCCUGCUUUGAACAUAACCUUCAGGGGCGCACAUACAGUCUUCUCCCACCGAAAAAUUACUCUGAAGUGUGUAAAAACUGUAACGAUGCAUACAAAACUCUGAGCGCCCUGUAUAAUGAAAUGCAGAAAAUGAAUGGGCUUGAGAAUAAGGCUGAGCCCGGAACGCACUUGUGCAUUGAUGUGGAAGACGCAAUGAACAUCACUCGGAAGCUGUGGAGUCGAACCUUCAACUGCUCGGUCACCUGCAGCGACACAGUGUCUGUGGUGGCUGUCUCUGUGUUCAUCCUCUUCCUGCCCGUCGUCUUCUACCUUAGUAGCUUUCUCCACUCGGAGCAAAAGAAACGCAAGCUCAUUCUACCCAAACGUCUCAAGUCAAGUACCAGUUUCGCCAACAUUCAAGAAAAUGCCACCUGAAACCUGCAAAAUGGGGACUCGACCUCCCAUCGCGUGAGUCAGGAAGAAGAUGAACCAGGAUCUGACAAAUCACCUUCUUAUGAAAUGCCAGGGUUGCAGAUUUAUAAUUUAUUCUGAAUGACAGUUUUCAGAUUUCCCUUUCCUGUAUUUUUAAUUUCCAAGCAUAGCAGUGUUACGUAUUUUCAGGUAUGUGCAUAGAGUAACCUUUGAGGACUGUGUUUUCGCAGGCACACGACUGCUUACACUUCUGAUGUCUCCUCAUUGACACAAGUGAACAAACACAAGCAUUUAUGUAGUGGUCAUGGAUCGCUGACCUCGAGAUAGAAGUAGACUUGCCAAAUGGGAGCAGGCCCAAGGAUUAACUUAAAUGACUUCCCACUGCAGUAUUAUUGCUUAUGUACAUAUCUAAAUAUUUAAUAUAUCAUACAUUAAAAUAAUGUACUCUCUAGUUUCCCUUAAGUCAUUUUUGAAACCACUAAUUACAAACCUCCUUAACAAUUUUCAGAAGCGAUGAGCCACAUUAUACAUUUAUCUUUGUGAAAAGAUUUAUGGUAACGGGUUUUCUUACUUGACUUUUAUAAAUAGUAUUUUACAUCUUAUUUUUGCCUUUAUUUCCUAAGUAAUUUAAAAUCACUGGACUGCUUUAUUAGCUUCAGGACAAGAUGGAUUCAUUUUAUGCCGUGGAUUUGCAUUGUGAAUUUCACUAAAUUAUUUAGCAACUUACAACUUACUCUUUGAAUGAAAUGUAGCACAGGUGUGUCAUACUGUAUUUAAAUUGUGGUUUUUAAUGAAAAUUUCAUCUUGGAAUAUUUGGAGAGUUGGGGAGAGAUGAAGGAGGAAUACAGGAGCGUGAAGCUCAGGGAGCGGGCAGGGUCCUGAGUGGAUGCUCACGGAGAAAGGCCCCGCCUGGUUUAUACUGGAGGUGAACUGGAUGACAGACUCACUCAGGAAGCGCUUCAGCUAAGGCGAUAUCCCUCCAAUUAUGUAAAGGAUGAAAGGGACAUGACCGAAAUGAAUACACAUUUCCCUGUCAGAAAGCAAGGUCUACUUUGGAAUAUUUUCAGCAACCUUUAAAACAGUGUUUCAUUUCAGGAGCAUUCAGUUUUAUUUCUCAGGAUAUAAGAGCUGAUGAUUUUGUUGGUUAAUUCUUUGUUUCUCGGUAGGAACAGGCUUUGUUUUAAAGGUUGUAAAAGGUGUUUAAAGGUCCUCUGUCUGACUGCUUAAGGAAGUGUGAGUCCUUCACAGACUGUAGUACGCUCUGGAAGGAGACAGGAGUUGUUUCCUGUUUUUAAAUUUUUACCACACACGCAGAAUGUGAGAGCAGGCUGACCCUUGGGUGUGUGACAGUCAGAUGACCCUGUCCCAGCUCUUCCGGGCUGCUGUGAUCCGCUUAAAUGUGCUGACACUGUUCCUGCUGCUGUUACUAAGGUCACGCGGUUGAGGGCCGUUGAAAGCAGUCUUCAUUAAUGCAGAUAAAACCAGUUUACAUGUGCAAAGUUAGCAAAGUAACGUAUUUGAAUUGUGAGUAGUGAGUCCUGGAGCACCGUUCAAUACUGCUGUAUAAACCAUUGCUUUUGAAUAAAAAGCUAAUGAGCACUUUGACAAUUCAGCCUUUACUGUUUUUGUCCUAAGGUCUUUGCUCUCUAGAAGUUGCAUCAGAAAUAGAUUUGAAAAAUAUAUGUUAAGAGCUCUACUGAAGUGCAGAAGAACUUUGUAUUGUGGUCAUAUGAAAAAUGUACAUAGUUCUGAAUACUGAGCACAUAGGGUUAUGUGUAUGCACAAGAAAACCUUUUUUCUUAUGCUUUACAAUAAAGGAAAUAACAAGGAAA